AUGCAAAGUGAUGGGCAGGAGGUAUCUCAACAAUCACUUGAAAUCAAACAAAAUGACAAGUUCUUCACAAGGAUUAUGUCCAAAGAAUCCUCCAUGGCCAAUUCUUCGAACAGGGUAUAUUAUGGAGGUGCUUCAGGUGCAAUUCCAUUCAUGUGGGAAUCAAGGCCAGGUACUCCAAAGCACACCUUUGCUGAUGCCUGUAUCCCUCCCUUGACACCUCCUCCUUCAUAUCAUUCAUCUUCAAAAUCAAACUCCAUGCACAAGAAUAAUGCAAGCCCAAAUAUCUUGACCACUUUAUUCCAUAGGUUCGUCCCUAAAAGGACUCGUAUGUCGCCAUCAUCUUCAAUGUCUUCAACCUCCUCCUCCUCGUCAUCUUGUUCGUCAUUUUAUUCAUCACAAUCAAACUUCAUGAAUUCAAAAUCUAAAAAGAGCUACGGUUUUUCAAGUGCAAGAUCGCUUAUUUGUUACAGGUUUGAUGAAAGAGACAAUGACUAUGAUAAUGAUGGACAUGGCCUUAGAUCACCCAUUUCAACUUUGUGUUAUGAUGUUAAACGUAAAGCCGUGAAUGGGUGCCACACUGCCAUGGUUACCAUUUCAUGA